AAAAAUUUCAGCCAGCCGUUGAAGAUGCAGUAUCAAAACGAGAGCCAAAUGCACGUAUCCUGUGGUCAUUAUAGAAAUACAGUUUUCAUAGUUUUUCAAGGUGAAUUCUGCCAGUUCAGCCCCAACUAUUCAGAACAUUUGCCGCGCUUACCUCUCUCGCUAAUAUUUUUUACGGAGUGACUUUGUGAAAAUAGUUUUUAUUAAAAGUUACCAUGAAAUAAUCGACCAUCAUGGCGAACCGCGAAAACGAUAUAGAACCUUAUGAAGCAGUGGCAAAAGGGUUAAAUUCACCUGAAUUACGAUCGACUACUAAAAUACCAUAUGCUGAUGAAGCUGUAGAAUUAGAAAGUGUUAAAGCAGAUGAGCCUUUACGACCAAAACGAGUUAGAGAUGUCGAAAAAGGCAAUCCAGAUAGAGAUGGUAAAAUACAUGCGUCAGAUCUUGGAGCAGUCCGUUCACCAAACAGCGAUACAAUAGUAGUGGAUACGCCUGAAGGAACGCUUUAUAUAACUUUAGAUCCAGAUUCAUCUAGAUCCUCUAAAGUAACGAGCCCUACAAGUCCUACGAGCCCUAGUACUCUAUCAACUGACCUUUCUGAAUCACCUAGUACUUCCAAAGCAUUUGGUGCGAGAGAAUCUGAAGAUCUGAUAACAUCUGAAAGUGAUGUAGAUCAUAGAAGACCCAAUUUGCGAAGGAAUUCCAUAUCGAUGCCUUCAUUGGCGAAUAUGGAACUACUGAGACAGGAGUAUUUGAGCAACACGCAAGGAAAUAUUCCAGAGCACCACCAGAGCACAGCAUCCGGCUUCAGUGAUGGAGACAAUACAGCUGAUGAUAACGCGCUCUCUGAAGAUGAUAGGUCCAAAACACCGCUCAGAUCCCCGCGCAAGAAGUACCCAAGACGGUCUCGGUCUGAGUUUAGUAUGGAUGAAGACGAUUAUUCGCCGAGUAAUUCAGUCACCUCCGUUAAUUCAUUGGCCAGCUUGCUCAAAGAGAAACUGCAGAGUAUCCCGCAAAAGAUGAGGAAGAAGCCAACAGACUACAAACUACGAGCGUUUGUGCUACUAAUGUUCCUUGCAGUAGCAUUCUUCAUUGGUUUUGCUUACACACUGUAUCAACAGAAAGCUCUCACUAAGGCGUACUUUGAAAGCGUACAGUUCAACGAACCGAAGCGACUUAUAAGGAUCUUUAAUGCAGAUGAUGUUGAGAUACUGAGAGCUAAUCUUGCUGUCGACCUCCACGGCAAGCAAAAAGCCUUCCCCUGCUUACCGGAGCACCGUCUCUCCGACGGCUCCGAGUGCCUCGAGUGGCUCAGCAACCUGCGCUUCUACCUUAAGUGUCUGCCGCACGACCCUGGGGUUGAUAAUACCACGUGUUACUCUGUGCAUUGGAAGGCUUUGCGACAUGAUAUAACUCCAAACGACUGCUUCGACUGGAGCGAAACCAAAGUACAUUGGUAUGGUGGCGGCCAAUCCAUCAACCUCACCUGGCCUCUCGACUCCGGAGCCAUCGAUUACACUCCCUUCAUUACUGGAGACAUGCAGAAAUCACAACUCGGCAAUGUCCUCACACGAUAUUUCAUCAACUCUAAAGGCGCAGCCAUCAUCAUAGAUGACGAAACUCCACUAUACUUAGCAGUGAACAACGGGAAAAAACAGAUUUGCAUUAAAGCGCAGUUUGAUGAGUUUGCGUACGCUAAUAAAUUAACCGAAUUCCCAGAAAUGAGGUACAAUAUUUGCACUUCGAUGGACAUGAAGUCGUUACAUUCAUCCAUACACAGUCAUAGGCGAGCUCCUCUCUGGGAUGGACUAAAACCAGCCGAUAUGCAAACCCUAGAAUCGUUAAUAUCAGAACCGGUGUGGCAAAUAGCGCCCAGAUUCAAACAUGAAUUACUAGCAGAAACAAUAUCUAAAUACACAGAAGAUGUCAUCGAUUUGGGUUUUCUAAAACAGGGUCACGUGCUAGUCAAUGAGUUUUGGCAAGAUGAGAUUGGUGAUUUUAAAGUUGAUGUAAAGCGUUUUAGCACUCUUAAUACGACAGUAGAUAAAUUGCAUCGUAGAGGUUUCAAAGUCGCGUUCACAGUGCAACCAUACAUCAGUACGGAAAGUGAAAAUUUUGCUGACACAGUACAAAAGAGAUUGCUCAUUACAGAAAGGAAUGGGGAUAGACGAAUACCAGCUUUGACUCGUUUCAAAUCAGUUGAUAGCGCUGGGGUUUUAGAUGUAACAGACGAAAGAGCGAAGGCUUGGAUUUACGAUAAACUACAGGUGGUUAUGGACGAAUAUCACAUCGAUUCGUUCUAUUUCGAUUUAGGAACUGCAUACGAUAUGCCGUACUACUAUAGAUGCGAGAAACGAUUAAUCAACCCUGAUCAGUACAAAACUGCAUUCAUAAAGGCGUUCGAGAAGAAUUUGAAUAUAAUUGGGGUGUCAUCUGCUGUCAGUUUGCCGAGGCCUCCGAUAUUUGUGUCGUUGCCGCCUUUCGAGUCGAGUUGGGAAGCUUUGCAAUCAGUGAUACCGACGAUGUUAACGUAUGGUGUGAACGGGUAUCCGUUUAUAAUGCCAGGAGCAGUUGGUGGGGAUAUUUAUUGGCCUGGAAGUGAACAAUUCUUGCCAUCAGCUAAGGGAUCUUUGGAUGCAAAUGGAACGAACACAACGCAAGAAAACGGUAUAGCAUUACCAGAAAAGGAGUUAUAUAUGCGGUGGUUGCAACUGGCGACUUUCUUGCCAGUGAUGAAGUUCACGCAUUUACCGAGUAAAUAUAACGACGAGAGGGUUCUGGAGAUGGCCAAAAAUUUGACACUGUUGCGACAAAAACUGGUGACGCCCCUAUUCCUGAAAUACAAGCGCGAAGCCCUAGAGGAGGGGCUGCCGUUGGUGCGGCCUCUGUGGCUGCGCGCGGAGGGCGAGGCGGCGCUGCAGGUGCGCGACGAGUUCGCUGUGGGGGGGGACAUCGUGGUGGCGCCCGUGCUGCAGCGCGGCAGUACCGUGCGGGAGGUAUACCUACCCAGUGGACUCUGGCAGGACGGCAUCGACGGGUCCCUUCGGAAGGGCAAUCGCUGGAUGCACGAGUACAAGGUGCCGCUCGAUAGAGUCGCCUACUUCAUACGGAAACCUGAUGAUAUGAGGUUCAAGUGAUAAAAUGGAAAAUUUUGAAUAAAUAAAGCCGAUGAAAGGAUUUUGAUGAAACACGGAAAACAAGUAUAAAAGUCGUCAAUUUUUAAUAUGAAUUAUCAUAUUAAUAAUUUAUUAAGAUCUAACUCGGCGAAAUAAAUAGGAAAAUAGAAUAAAAUUGGGGACAAUAAAGUUGGAUAGGAUAGAAUAAUAUAUUUCGGAGAACAAUCCGCCAUGUUUUUUUUUAGAAUUUCAUUGUUAGUUAGUUCGUUAAUCAAAGAAGAAUCCGAUAUAUUCACCAACGCUUAAAACUUUUGACUAAUUUUAUCAAGGUAUACAUUUUAUUUAUAUUUGUCAUAUAAAGUGAUAAUUUAUACACCUAACUUUAUAAUUGUUAGCCAUUGUGGAAUUGAGCUAGAGUAUUAUUUAUUAGAUUUGAAUAGAGUCAAAGCCAAGUGAUUUAAAAGUAAAGAUGGGACCAUUUUUGUAUUUAAGUGUCCGUGAAGCUAGCUUUAAGUUUAAAUAAUAAAAAUAACAUUAAUAACGAUCAGGCUAUUUUAAGGAUCGAUGUUUUUCUCCAUAAUUAUAACAACCUGUAUUUUGGAAAUCGGGUUUAUAUUUUAGGAAUCGGAUUAUAAUAAUUAAAAAAGCAUUCGACGUCACUGCCUCAAGGAAACCUACGCUAUGUACAAGAUAAUGUAAUUUAAAUAUUAUAUAAGCAGUAUAAUAUUAUUUUUAUUAUUCAUUUAUAACAAGCCAAAUGCGUAAACUAAUUUAUGUUUUUAGACAUUAAGUGCCAUUGUAAUAAAAUAUAAAAAUUGUGUAUAAUAUUCCAAUAUUACGGAUUAAAAUACAUAUU